UACCCUGACGACCUUCUCACAGCCUGGAGCGCGCCUAUGGAAAAGCAGCGCCACAACGCUGCUUCAUACGAUUCCUUUCGCUCAUACUUUGAUCUGCUGCACAGUACCAUUAAGCAGCAUUCAAUACAGCCAGAGAACACGUACAAUAUAGAUAAGAAGGGAUUC